AUGGUUGACAUCGUUUCAUUAGUAGCAUCACCAGAUAUCGCAGCGCUGAAUAAAGAAAGAGAUGUAAAUAAAAUGGCAAAACUUGAUGGCUAUGGAGUUGAGAACGGUCAAAUACCGAGCAUAGAAGCCGCAAUCAUGAUGACUUUGGUUCCUGGAAUUGAAGCAUGCCACGUGGUGAUACAUGUUCUGGUGGGUCUUUUAAAGACAACCGAAGAGCUUCCUUUCAUAUUUCGUGUGGACCCAAGUGGGGAUUGUCCAAAGCCGAACAUGAUUGAUUUUGUUUAA